AUGAGCUCGUCUACGAGCAAGUCGGCCGCCACUUCAAAGGCCACAAACAUAUCCGACGUGGAUUCACAACCAAGGCACCGAGCUUGCGAUGAGUGUCGCUCGCGCAAGUUGGCAUGUACCAAGGAGCCCGAAGGCUGCGCACGCUGCAAGAAGGAGGGUAUCAAAUGCCACUACUCUCCCCAGAAGCAGAUGGGACGACCCCGUAAACGGCAGCAUGUCGAGGUCUCGGAAGAGACUGAACGCAGCAGCAGUGAAGAUGCUGUAGCCACCGCAGUAGCUGCCGAUUUCUCUUUUAUGGAUGCCACCGCUGGUGAUGAGUUUGAUUUGUUCAGCUUGAUGGGGCCCUGCAUGUCGGACACUGUCCCAGAACCGCAGGCAUCUCAGCAAAUACCAGUGGACCCUAGUUUGAAUGUGGUAGACUUGAAUUCACUGGGCUAUUGGGAAGGCUUGUCCACUGCAAGUGGCAGUGACAGCAAUUCCACGUUGGUCAUGUCAGGACCGUCUCUUGAGGAUGCCUUUCUGUCUGGCUCGGCAUCACAAAACCUGCAGUCAAGCAACGUGCAAAUCACGGAUCCUUUCUCAACACACGACACUCUGAGAAUUCCAGAAACAGGCCCCUACCCAACGGCGGCAGAUACGUCACCUCCCGCUCCGUCAGACACAAGUCACGAAGCAGCACCCAUCGUUUGCGGUAGCCACUUCGCGACAGAUCCCGGUCCACCCUGCGGCUGCUUGGCAAAACUGUACCUGGCGCUGGACUCCCUGCAAAACCUGCCGACAGAAGUCGGGCCGGCGAUGUCCUGCGCCCGCAGCGCAGCCAAGACCGCGUACGGGGUGACCGAGUGCCCGGCCUGCAGCCCACCGAGCCUCGCGAGCCCGACCUUCCGCCCCUCUAUCCAGUCAUACCAAAACUUGCUGAUACUGGGCGCGCUCCUGCCGUCCAUCGCCAACACAUACCACCGCAUAUUGGCCAUGGUGGAUGCCGAGGUAGCCAGGGCGACGGCCCAGGGUUGCGAGAUCCCCUUUUCGCUUCAGCAGUACGGAGGGCUGUGGGGCAGGCUCGGGACCGGUGCCUGCAGCAACGUCGCCGCACUAGAGAGGCAGACGUUAGCGCCCAUGAUGUGGAGGAGCACCGUCCGCGCUCUGCUCAGGGUCGACGUGUACGGCUACAAGUUUGCAGCUCAGAUCGGCGACGACUCCAUGAAGACCUUGGCACGGCGCCAGGUCGGGUUGAGGGACAUUGUGGACUACCUGUUGGAGAGGCAGAGGAUGCGACACGCAAUGAUGGACGAGUUUUGCGCAUCUGGGAAAAUGUUACACCCCCAGUCGCACGCACAUCAACCUACGUCCUCCGGAGAAAAGCACAACUGCGAACGGAUUCUUGAUGUUGCGAGGAUAUCUAUUGAACAUCUUGUCAUCUCUUGA